AUGUCCGAUAAUGUCAACUCUUCAAAUUCUAUUCCUUCAGAUGUUUUUCCUGUAGCCCCAAAUCCUGAAAUUCUCCGCCGUGCCCGCAAGCGUGAGUCCAAUCGUAGAGAUUAUCAAAAACAUAAAGAGAGGCGCCGUAGAAAUCGUCCUAGAGUUUCUGAGCUCCGGGCGCAUGAAGCUCUACUUGCAGAGCAUGAGGCUCGACUUGCAGAGUAUGAAGCUCAACUUGUGAACCGUGAGGCUCAACUUAUAAACUUUAUUUAUGCAAAUGGUCUUAUCCCACCAGAACCUCCUACUGUGACUAUGACCUUUUCUUCGGAUAUGGUUUCUUCAUCUAUCGCUUAUGGUGACUUGUUUUCUAGUAAUGAAGUUGAUUUAUGCGAAAGCCAUGCUUCAACACUUUCAUCUGUUGCUUCUGGCGAUUCAUUAUUUGAGACUGAAUUAUAUAAUUUGGAAAGCAAUGAAGUUGAAUUGAGCGAAAACCAUGUUCAAACGUUUUCAUCUGCCAUUUCUAUUGACACAUUUUUAGAUCCAGAUACGUAA